CGCUGUGCUGUGUUCAGUCCGGGUUAGUGUUUCCGGGUCUCUGUUCGGAUCAACACGCGUGUGAAAGAAGUUCUCCACCAAAACACCGACUCUCGUCAACACGCACGCCGAGGAAGGUUCACCACAGCUCGGCCUGAAUCUGCGCAGACAGACGGAGACUUUGUGCCGCCAUGGGUCCGCCACGGUCGAAGAAGCGGCGCCCGACGUUCCGGCGUCUGUUGAAGACGAGCGGCGUGAAGCUGGAGAACAAACUGAAGAACCGUCAGCUGAAGCAGCAGAACGUCGCCAAGAAGCAGCGCAAAGAGCAGAAGAAGUUGAGGCAGGCAGUGAAGGACGCCGCCAUCAGGACGCCACGCCCACUGGAGACAUACAGGAAGAGACCUGAGGAGGAGGAGGACGAGGAGUUCCUGGAGAGUCUGCCGACGGACAUGAUGGAGGAGGACGACCUGCGGCAGAUGACCGCCAUGGCUCGACACGCCUCCUUCAUCACCAGAGACCUGUCGUCAUGUGGGCCGGUGCACGGCGGUAAGAAGCGGAGCUCCGAGGUGGUGCGGAGCUACGAGAAGGUUCCACGGAAGAUGGCGAGGACGGAGGAGAAGGAAGUGAUCCACCUGCUGCCAAUCAAAGACAAGACGGGCGUCAUCCCGCAGAGCAUGGAGAGAGUGGUCAAAACGCAGCUGGAGGAAGAGGAGGAGGAAGACUCCGCCGAGGAGCCGGACGAGUUUGAAAACGAGGGGGCGCUGCAGAGCGGUGCUGUGCUGACAGCAGAGCAGAGAGAGCAGCUCAGAGUUCACACGAUGAACGAGAAGAGACAACGCAUCGCCAGCCUGGGAUCAGCCAUCGUGUCCGACCCGUACAGCAACAUAAAGCGUGUGAAGGAGCUGCGUGGCAUGCUGAUGGAGUCCGACGCGAGUGUGGCGGUGACGGUCAGGAAGCUGGUGAUGGUGUCACUGAUGGAGAUCUUUAAAGACAUCGCCCCCUCCUACAGGAUACGACCACUGACCGCCGCAGAGAAGGCCGCCAAGGUGAAGAAGGAGACCCAGCAGCUCAGAGAGUUUGAAGAAGGUUUGAUCAGUCAGUACAAGUUCUACCUGGAGGACCUGGAGCAGACUAUCAAAGACUGGAAGCAGAAGAAGAAGAAGCGCAGUCAGUCGGUGGGUUUCCAGUCGUACCGUGGCCUCGCUGAAGUGGCCGUGCGUUGUCUGUGUGAGCUGCUGCUCGCUCUGCCACACUUCAACUUCCACAACAACGUCAUCGUCGCCCUCGUGCCGCUGAUGAACGACCCCGCCAAGAAGGUGUCAGGUAUGUGUUGUGAUGCGUUCAGGAAGCUCUUCCAGCAGGAUAAAAUGGGCGGGGCUUCAUUGGCGACCGUGCGAGUCAUCUCCGGCCUCGUCAAGAGCCUCAACUACAACGUCCGACCUGAGGUGCUGAGGACCCUGCUCAGUCUGAGGAUCAAAGAGGUGGAGGUGAAGAAGGACCUGGAGGACUCAGCACCAAAGAAGAAGUUCAUGAACAACAAAGAGAAGAAGAAGAAUCUGUCGAGGAUGCAGAGGAAGUGGAAGAAGGCGGAGGAGAAGCUGGAUAAAGAGUUGUUGGAGGCCGAAGCUUCAGAGAGCAAAGAGAAAAAACUCAAAGUGCACACAGAGACUCUGAACAUCGUCUUCCUCGUUUACUUCAGGAUCUUAAAGAAAGCUCAGAAAUCUGAGCUUCUUCCUGCAGUGCUCGAGGGGCUGGCCAAUUUCGCUCACCUGAUUAACCUGGAGUUCUUUGACGACCUGCUCAACGUUCUGCAGAGCCUCAUCCAAUCAGGAGAUCUGACCAAUCGGGAGAGUCUGCACUGUAUCCAGACGGUCUUUACCAUCCUAUCAGGACAAGGUGACGUUCUGAACAUCGACCCACUCAACUUUUAUUCUCAACUCUACAAAAUGCUGCCGAGGCUGCACGCAGGGAUGCACAAUGAUGACAUUCUCAUCGUGUUACGGUGCCUGGACGCCAUGUUGACCCGCCGUAAGAAGCAGGUGACCCUGCAGAGGGCGAUGGCGUUCGUCAAACGACUGAGCACGCUCAGUCUGCACGUGUUGCCCAACGCCACUGUGGGACUCCUUGCCGCCAACAGAUCCACAAUGCAUGCGUUCCCUAAGUGUGACUUCCUGUUGGAUAACGAGGUUCAGGGCAGCGGCUUCUACCUGCCAGAGUUAGACGAACCUGAACACUGCAACGCUCAGAACACGGCAUUAUGGGAACUACACACUCUACAGAGACAUUACCACCCGGUCGUACGGUGCUUGGCAGUCCACCUCUGUCUGGGUGCGCCCAGUGAAGGAUCGGCGGCGCUCAACGUGGACCUGAGCCGCAGGUCUCCGGCAGAGCUCUUUAACGUGUACAGCGUCAAAAACAUGACCUUUAACCCCCCUGUCGCUCUGCCCGGAACCAAGAAGAAGUUGUUUUUUUUUUCUUUCUCAUGUUUCAGGAUCGUUUUGUGGGCGGAGCCAUGCUGCUCGAUAUGGAGCUGCAGAGACGAGCAGAGAGCGCCAUGACCGCCAUCGGGGAGGCGGAGCUUGACUUUAACACAACACACACAAAGACACACUGACACUCUCACAUUCUGUAAAAAUAUUGUAGCCUUCAAAAUAAAAGCGUAAACAUCAUGUGGAGGCGUGACGAGAA